ACUGGGGUUUCUUAAGAGCCAAAAACGAAGUUGAAGAAAUGAAUAUGACAUGUUUAAAAAAGCUCAACGAAAGGUUUAGAGUUCCUGAAACUAUUCGUUGUGCUCUAGAAUCGUACGGUUAUCUGAAUAUCUUGGAAGACGUAGAUGAGAAUAAUAUAUAUUGUCAACUAUGCUUUAUUGAUAAGAAUCCAGUAGAAUGUGUAAUACAGUUGAUGUGUUUACAAGCAUAUGAUGCAGAAACAUUGCAAGCUGUACCGAAUGUGAUUAAUGAUGAUGAUCGAUUGCCGUCAAUAGAACAUUACUCUUGCAAGAACUGUGCUACAUUAGCAAAGCUGUAUCAUAGAUGUUUCCAUAUGAAGUUUUAUCUCUUAAGAACAUGUGAAGAUAAACUUGAAACUAUUGGAACAGAACAUCCACACAAUACACCGGACAAGAUAGUGGAUAUUGCGAAACGACGUCGACAAUGGCAAUCACAGAUUCAGAAUGAGUACUGUAACAUUUGGAAGAAAGUUGAUGCCAUUUCAGUCAAAUAA